GUCAUCCAUCCACAACGGACCCGACACGCGAGUAACGUACACUACUGAUCUCUACUCACUGGAGACAAAACUCGUUUGUUGAUAUUGUCAACGGUUUGGAAGAACUCCUUUAUUAAACAUACGCGAAGCGCUUUGGCUGGACGUUAGUGGAGUCCCCAUUUUAUUUUAUUUAAAAUUUGGACUGUACCUUCAAGUUGCAUCAGCCGUAGUAAAAGGACCCUAUUGCGUUAUUGUUCAGUCAAGAUGGCGGGCGACGAGUCGGGUACUACGCUGGGCCAGCCUCAUUUGGCCAAACAGGACCUCAGUAGUUUGAAUGUGUCCCAGCUGACGACUCUGUCCCCCGAGAUCAUCAGCAGGCAGGCCACCAUCAAUAUCGGCACCAUCGGUCAUGUGGCGCACGGAAAGUCCACAGUGGUGAAAGCCAUCUCGGGUGUUCACACCGUCCGCUUCAAAAAUGAACUGGAGAGGAACAUCACCAUCAAGCUCGGCUAUGCUAAUGCUAAGAUCUACAUGCUGGACGAUCCCAGCUGUCCUAGGCCCGAAUGCUAUCGCUCCUGUGGGAGCAGCACCCCUGAUGAAUUCCCCACAGACAUUCCUGGCACCAAAGGCGAUUUUAAACUUGUCAGACACGUGUCCUUCGUGGACUGUCCCGGUCACGACAUUUUGAUGGCGACUAUGUUGAAUGGAGCUGCCGUCAUGGAUGCCGCUCUCCUACUCAUCGCGGGCAACGAGUCGUGUCCACAGCCGCAGACGUCGGAGCAUCUGGCCGCCAUCGAGAUCAUGAAGCUGAAGCACAUCCUCAUCCUGCAGAACAAAAUCGAUCUGGUAAAGGAGAGCCAGGCCAAAGAGCAGUAUGAGCAGAUCCUUACCUUCGUGCAGGGUACGGUGGCUGAGGGCGCCCCCAUCAUUCCCAUCUCUGCUCAGCUCAAGUACAACAUCGAGGUGGUGUGCGAGUACAUCGUCAAGAAGAUCCCUGUCCCUGUGCGAGACUUCACCUCGGAGCCCAGACUCAUUGUCAUCAGAUCAUUUGACGUCAACAAACCUGGCUGUGAAGUCGACGAUUUGAAAGGUGGCGUGGCAGGAGGGAGUAUCCUGAAGGGUGUCCUCAAGGUAGGCCAGGAGAUCGAGGUGCGGCCAGGCAUUGUGUCCAAGGACCAUGAAGGGAAGCUGAUGUGCAAGCCCAUCUUCUCCAAGAUCGUCUCGCUGUUCGCUGAACACAACGAUCUCCAGUACGCUGCGCCCGGAGGCCUCAUUGGUGUGGGUACCAAGAUAGACCCGACGCUGUGUCGAGCUGACCGCAUGGUGGGUCAGGUGCUGGGUGCCGUCGGGGAGCUGCCGGAGAUCUUUACCGAGCUGGAGAUUUCAUACUUCCUGCUCAGGCGGCUGCUGGGUGUGCGCACGGAGGGAGACAAGAAGGCCGCCAAGGUCCAGAAGCUGUCAAAGAACGAAGUGCUGAUGGUGAACAUCGGCUCGCUAUCGACAGGCGGCCGUGUCAGCGCCGUCAAAGCUGAUCUGGCUAAGAUCGUCCUCACCAACCCCGUCUGCACCGAAGUCGGAGAGAAGAUCGCUCUGAGUCGACGUGUGGAGAAACAUUGGCGUCUGAUCGGCUGGGGGCAGAUCAGGAGGGGCGUGACCAUCACGCCCACUGUGGAUGACGACUGAAAGAAAGGGGCCGUUAUCGUUGCAGCGUCCCUAUCAGGCAUCGCAAACGUCACAUUGGUCUUGUUCAAUUUUCUCCUCCUGUUUGUUCUUUUCCCGCCGAGAGGACAAACAGGAAUGACGCUAGCAUAUUUGGGACUGGCACGAACAUCUUCCGCCAACAGUGCGGCGAACAUUCACUAAUAAAAGUUUGGAACUAA